GGCGGCCGGCCACUGCGCGCGCGUUGACAACGCAAGGGCGCUGUCCUUCGAUGGUGACUUCGUGGGCCAGGCUUUGAACGAGGCCCAGCGCGACCUCGACUGCGACUCGCAAAAGUUCCACGAGAUGGAGAUCCACGAGCACGGCGGGGCCUCGCAGGGGCGGCAAGUUCGGAAACUGCUGCGUCGGAAGAGGGUGGCCAGCUGGCAAGUCGAGGCCGCGCUCGGCCGCGCGGCCUCCCUGUGCCUCGCGCGCCGAGAGCUGCCGUCGAUCUUCCGCGCCGCGCGCCGCUUCGCGCGGGAGUCCUGCGGCAGGUUCCAGCCGCUCUGGGAUUCGGCCCGACAGGAGCUGGUCGCCGCCGUGCGGGCGGUGGUGUUCAUCGAGGCCUACUGGGGGCAGCCCUGCGCGCGCGCCAACGACGCGAGCCUCAGCGGCUUCGGCGCGCCGCCGCCCCUUUGGAGGCCCGGGGGCGACGCCGCGGCGGGGCGCGCGCCGGAGCAGGGCCGCCUCUGGCUCGUCGGCGCCCGAGCCCAAGAGCACGCCUUCGAGGCGGCGGGCCCCGAGGGCGUCGAGGUGGAGCGCGACGUCCUGGGCCGCCCAGUCAGGCUCAACAGGCGGGCGCGGGAGAUCCCGGAGGCGGCGCGCCGGGGGCGCAACGGGGCCGAGCGGCCUGCUUGCGAAA